AUGAAAGAGCAAAUUAACUUGUUGCCUCAUUUUGAUGAGAUGAACAAUGAUCUUGAAGAGGAUGAAGAUGACGUUGCUUUUGAGAUUCAUCGGCCUUGUGGACCAAGUGGUAAAUCAUUGCCAAGCAAUCAAAAUAGUUCAUUUGCUGGAUCAAAAAGGUUGAAGACAAAAGGGCCCAUGGAUGUAUUCUACACACCCAAUCCUAAUUUUGUGGUGCAAAAUAAAAAAGGAAAACAAACAACAAUUGAUCACAAUGAUCCUUAUAAUGAAAAAUUAAUAGACCGAGCAAUGAUGAGAAUUACAAGAUGGAUAUAUGAUGCAAGUAUAGCUUUUAAUGCAGUUAGUUAUGACAGCUUUGGACCAAUGGUUGAAGCUGUUGGGCAGUACGGUCCUAGUAUGAAACCUCCUAGUUUCCAUGAAGUGCAGGUUCCAUAUCUGAAGAAAGAGUUGAGUCAUACAAAUGAGUUAAUGAGGAUUCAAAAAGAGGAAUGGGUGAAAUAUGGGUGUUCCUUGAUGUCAGAUGGAUGGACUUCGCAGAGUGGGAGGACUUUGAUUAAUUUUUUAGUCAAUUGUCCUAGAGGAACUAUGUUUGUUGAGUCCAUCAAUGCUUCAAGCUACUCAAAGGAUGGGGAAAAACUCCUUGAAUCACUUGACAAGUUUGUGGAUGAUGUUGGAGAAGUUAACAUAGUCCAAAUUAUCAUAGAUAGUGCCUCAACUAAUGUGUUGGCUGGUAAGUUUUUGGAGGCAAAGAGACCGCACCUCUUUUGGACACCAUGCAUUGCUCACUGCUUGGAUUUGAUACUGGAAGAUAUUUUCAAAUUGCCACAUAUGAAGAAGACAUUUGAUAGGGCUAUUCGGGUACACAGUUAUUUUUAUAACCGUCCAGGUGUGUUGAAUAUGAUGAGGAUAUUUAAACAGUUAAAGAAUUUGGUCAAGCUUGCAAAUACAAGAUUUGCAACAACCUUUCUCACUCUAUCUAGGAUUCAUCAACAAAAAAAUAGCUUGAGAAAGAUGUUCACUUCGAAGGAAUGGACAAGCUUCAAAUGGGCAAAGGAGCCAAAGGGUAAGCAAGCAACACAGAUUAUGUUGAUGUCAUCAUUUUGGAAUCUAGUUGUCUAUGCUCUCAAGGUCUCAGGUUCACUUGUGCACGUGCUUAGGUUGGUUGAUUAUGAGAAAAAGCCUGCCAUGGGAUACAUUUAUGAGGCUAUGGAUAGGGCUAAAGAAAGUAUUGCAAAGUCAUUUAAUGAAAAAGAAGAAAAAUACAAGAACAUCUUUGAAAUCAUUGACAAUGGGUAG